GACUCUCCACUACUAGAAAACAAUGGCCACACACAUAAUGGUGAGGAAGACAAGGCAGUGAGCUUUGUUGAGAGGUUUGGGUCGGAAUCGAAGAAGCUAUGGAAGCUAGCAUGCCCAGCAAUCCUUACCUCCUUAUGUCAGUACACGCUUGGUGCACUCACUCAAACAUUUGUUGGCUUCGUUGGGGAACUCGAUCUUGCAGCUUUUUCCGUUGAAAACUCUGUUGUUGCUGGCCUCGCCUUUGGAAUCAUGUUGGGUAUGGGAAGUGCCUUGGAGACUCUAUGUGGGCAAGCAUACGGUGCAGGUCAGAUCCGAAUGUUGGGGGUGUACAUGCAAAGAUCAUGGGUCAUCUUGUUGACCACAGCCAUUCUUUUGGUACCUGUUUAUGUUUGGUCUCCACCCAUCUUGGAGCUCAUUGGACAGACUAAUCAGAUCUCAGUAGCAGCUGGAAAAUUUGCUGUGUGGAUGAUACCGCAAUUGUUUGCAUACGCCCUGAACUUUCCGAUCCAAAAGUUCUUACAAGCACAAAGGAAAGUCCUGGUGAUGUUAUGGAUAUCAGCAGUUGUUUUGGUGCUGCAUACAAUUUUUAGUUGGCUUUUAAUAUUAAAGUUGGGAUGGGGUCUAACUGGAGCAGCAAUUACACUUAAUACAUCAUGGUGGUUGAUUGUGAUUGCACAAUUAUUGUACAUUUUUAUCACCAAGUCAGAAGGAGCUUGGAGUGGAUUUACAUGGCUAGCAUUUGCAGACUUGUUUGCUUUUGUGAAACUCUCAUUGGCUUCAGCUGUUAUGUUAUGCUUGGAGUUUUGGUACUUGAUGAUACUGGUGGUGAUAACAGGGCGUUUGAAAAAUCCUCUGGUACCUGUUGAUGCCAUAUCUAUCUGCAUGAACAUAAAUGGCUGGGAUGCCAUGAUUGCAAUUGGGUUCAAUGCUGCAAUAAGUGUGAGAGUAUCAAAUGAACUUGGAGCUGGUGAUUUCCGAGCUGCCAGGUUUUCAGUGUUGGUGGUUUCCAUCACAUCAGUAUCCAUAGGUGUUGUUGCCAUGAUCAUAGUACUAGCAACCAGGGAUUACUUUCCCUACUUGUUCACCUCAAGCAUUGCAGUUGCCGAGGAAACAACUAAACUUGCUGUCUUGCUUGGUGUCACAGUAGUUCUGAACAGCCUUCAACCCGUCCUAUCUGGUGUUGCUGUUGGAGCUGGCUGGCAGUCUCUGGUAGCAUACAUCAAUAUUGGGUGCUACUAUGUAGUUGGAUUACCGGCAGGAAUUGUCCUGGGAUUCACAUUUGGAUUUGGAGUAGAGGGUAUUUGGUCAGGGAUGAUUGGAGGCAUAUUUUUGCAGACAGUAAUCCUUAUAGUGGUCACUUCAAUAACAAACUGGAAAAAAGAGGCUGAAGAAGCAGAGAGCCGCGUGAGGAAGUGGGGAGGAUCAAUUGCGUAUGAUAAAUGA